GAAAACGCUAAUAAGUGAGUACUAAUUUCUUUUUUGGUCAUACGAAAGCAAAAACACUUUUACCACUUCUUCGAUACUUCCCAAGUUCACCGCCAUGGCCACCGCUUCAAUCUUCCCCGCCGCCGUCGUCGUCACCGCAGAUGUGAAACCUCUGCUUAAUCCAUCUUCUCUGAUCAUCGGAAAAUCAUUAUCUCCUUCAAAGUUCAGCUCAAUCAAAUCCUCCGUUUCAUUUUCUCGCAAAACCCUAACUCCAAUCCGAUACUCUUCCUCUCCCACCGAUCACUCACCUGCCGCCGCCGUGGAAGCGAUCACGAAUCGAUCCAAAACCUCCUUGAAAUCUCGUCUCCGUGGAGGAGAAACUCUCUACGGCCUCUUUUUACUCUCCUUCUCGCCGACUUUAGCCGAGAUCGCUGCUCACGCCGGUUACGAUUACGUCGUUGUUGACAUGGAACACGGUCCCGGCGGUAUACCGGAAGCUUUGGAUUGUAUUCGAGCUCUUAACGCCGCCGGAACAUCAGCCAUUCUCCGAUUACCGGAAAACUCCCCAACCUGGGCUAAAAAAGCCCUAGAUCUAGGUCCUCAAGGAAUCAUGUUCCCAAUGAUCGAAUCUCGUAAAGACGCUACCAAAGCGGUGUCGUAUUGCCGGUUUCCUCCCGACGGAAUCCGUGGAUCGGCGCACACGGUGGUGCGAGCUUCAAACUACGGAAUCGACGAAGGGUAUUUAAGUAAUUACGCAGAGGAGAUUCUGAUCAUGUGCCAGGUGGAAUCAUCUGAAGGAGUGAAGAAAGCUGAUGAAAUCGCAGCCGUUGAUGGUGUUGACUGUGUGCAAAUGGGACCGUUGGAUCUUAGUGCGAGUUUGGGGUAUUUGUGGGAUCCUGGACAUAAGAAAGUGAGAGAGAUGAUGAAGAAAGCUGAGAAAUCGGUGCUGACGUCUGAUCCGGCUAAAGGCGGGGCUUAUUUGUCGGGUUUCGCAAUGCCGCACGACGGAGCUGUUGACAUCCGGGGACGUGGUUAUCAUAUGGUCGCCGGAGCUGUUGAUGUUGGAUUGUUUAGGAAUGCUGCUGUUGAAGAUGUGAGGAGAUUCAAGAUGGGUUUGGUCAAUGAAUCGGACGGUGAGGAUUCGUUGGAACAUGAUAAAGAUGUUGAUGAUGAGAAGUAUUGGAGCGAAUAAGCAAAUUUCAAAUUUCGUUGAUGUUGUUUCCUUU